AUAGGGGACGCAGGCAAGGAGGGAUUCACGGCACAUCGCGGGUGUGAGUGAGUGAAGAAGUCCUGCGUGAACAUAGUGUACGGAGACAUCAUGGCUUCCCUGCGGACUGGGCUCUGGCAGCUAGUUAUUUCUGUGGUUGUCCUGUCUCAGCUCUCAGCCACGCUUCCUCUUCUGGAGAGGGCUCGGAGACAUGCUGACGGGGUAUUUAACAGCGAACUCAGCAAGAUGAAUGAAAAUGCCUAUGUGCAGAAGUUAGUCAAAUAUCUCGUGGGCCUCAAUGAAAGGUAUCAGAGGCACGCGGAUGGCAUGUUCACCAGCGAACUCAGCAAGAUGAGAGAAAACAGUCAAUUUCAGAAACUCAUCAAGUCUCUGGUGGGCUACAAGCGCAGCACUGAGAUGGACAGCUCUGAAGAAUUAACCCACACAGCGAUACCCAAAAGACAUGAGAAUGGCAACUCUUACGAGGACUUUUGCUUCAUGUGGUUGUACCAUCACGUUGUGAAUGAUAGCCUGUCAGAGAGCGAUGCAAGAGAGGCCAUUCAGACGACCGGCCAGUACCUUUGCUCACCACUGAUUGAAGAGAUGAAGGCAGAAGUGUCUGCUCUGGACUAGAAUUGAAGGGGAAAACCGCAGCCAAACCUCUCCAUAAGCUACAGCAUGGUGGGAUAGGUUCCAAGUAUCUUUUACAAAUAAAUAAGGAAGCUACUGAAUCUGGCUCAAGAGUCAAUGAUGGGAUCAGAAACAGCCGAAGCAACAGUAAAGCAAUUAAUGUAAUCAACGGCACUGUGUGUAUUUUAGUGUGACAUGGAGGCGUGGGAGCAGUAGAUAGUGCAUGAAUGAUGUAACCGCUUAGACAUGAAUGAUGUAACUGCUUAGACAGUACUUUGUUCCAGGCUUGACUAUUUCUAA